CUCUGGAAGCCAUAUAAGCUCGAACUCGAACACCCGACCGCUCCCCAGGCUACUCUACUCUACCCUUCUCAACCGCCUAAUACCUUUCUCUAUUCUCCCCCGACAAUCAUCUGGAAUGAUGCCCAAGCACAUCUCGCAGGCUCUCGCUAUUCUCGUUAUCCUUGUCUCCUCUGUUAAUGCACUUGCCAUUGGUGACGUUGGAGCUGUCCACGCUGCUCCUGAAAUUCUCGCUCGAGAAGUGAGCAAUCCCAACUCGACGUUUUACGGCUCUGUUAAUAGUGGUCCUGUGGUUGGCUUUGACGCCCGGUCGGCUGCGCGAAGCAAUGCCCCUGCGUCUGUCGCCGCUGUUGUGUCCGCCGCCUUGCUUAUGACCAUGAUUUAAUCCACACUAAGACUCCUCAGACCCCUUAUGCCCCCUCUUUGUAGCAUAGUACCACUGUAUCAAUAGCAUUCCUGGCCUUCCUGUCAAUGUU